UUUACCGGGCCACACAUAACAGAUUAAGCGGAAGUCUUAUUUAUUGUUGCGAUUAGGAAAAGAGCAUUCGUAAGCUUAUAUUUCCUCAGAGCUUUUGAACAUGCAAGUGAUAGUCGUAGGAAAUUUGUUUGUUUCAAUUCUUGGGUAAUUGAACAAGCUUCAACGAGAAAAUUGUUCUGGAGAUAUUAGAAAGAAACAGAGGUAUCUGCAACUGUCAAAAUGCAAUCAUCCUAUGUGGCCGCCUUUAUCAAUGCUACGGUGUCAAUGGCAAUUGCUAUCGUAUUUUUUAUCCCAGUUUAUAUAUCUCUGCUUGAAUUACCCGAUGGAAAAGUUAUGCACAAGGAAGAGACGUCAAAGGAGCGCGAUGGUUCAAAUACAAAUGCCCAAACGUUUCUUCAACAACCGCCAAUUUUGAUAGCUGGGAAAGGCUCGAGGGAAGAUGAAGCAGAAAGACUAACACAAGCGUUUCUCGACGUUCAAGUCACGUGUGACCAACUCGGGUUGCCAGGAUCACCUCAUCACGUCAUGACAGAAAUGGUGAAGAUCUACGAUGGAAAUCGUAUGUUUGCGUUGAUGGGAAGUACGGUUUGCAAAAACAUAACUGUCUGGUGUAUGCGUUCGGGAUAAAGCACGAGUGGAAGAAGUUUGCAGAAACAAUGCACAAAGAUUUUGGUUGUCUGGUACACAGUUUUGAUCCUGCGUUGGAUCACAUUGAUCAUUAUUAUACAAAAAAUUGCGUUUUUUCAAUGCAAGAUUAUCAUAUAAAGACCAACAAGCUCAGUACAGGGUUCCUGGGCCACCAGGCUGGAAAUACAGACGGUUUCUAACCUUGAUAAAAGAGCUGCACUUUGAUUUUUCAUCAAUUGAUCAUAUGCGUCUUGAUAUAACCUUGGAUCUUUGGCCGGGUAUGUCGAGCAUGUUAGGAGAUGGCAGCCUUUUGACGUAUGUAAAACAGCUGAGUCUGGAGUAUGACCUAAACAGAAAAAACGCCACUGAACUUCGUGAAAUGUUCACGAUUACCCAAUGGUUAAAAAAACAGGGAUUUUUAUUGGCUCACGUGCAGCCUACGUUAUUGAGUGGAGCGUCGCAUUCCCUUCUCUUUGUAAAUACGAUAUUGGAGGAAGCUCAAAAGGCCGUACGAGCAUUUGUUAAGUAAAUUAUAUAUUUUGAAAAUAAUGCAGGGUGAUUUGACGAUACACUUGCCAAUUUGAGGACAAUUUAUAUAGUAAAUUAUAGUAAUUAACAUUGUGAGUAUUGUCAUUGAAAUAAAGCAAUUGGGAGGGCCUA